AGGACCAGUGUACGCUCUUAUAAGGUAGAAGUAUGAAUCUGGACUUCACAUGCCCUCAAGAGAAAAAGGCAUUUAUUUACAUUGAUCUCACCGACUCUAAUAUAGAGUCAAUCGCAAAAUGGCUGAGCUGCAAUGGGGAAGUAUGGGGUGUGGGGCCCACUGCGGUCUUCGCAAGUGCCGCUGCCCUUUUUCUUUACCAGGAACUAGAGUCCACGAUCUUCAUCGCCGGAGACGGAGCCCAUGUGUCCUUGCUCGAAAAGACUCUAAUUUCCACGAUGGUCGCUGGCAUGCUGGCUCUGAUGAUUCACCUUUGGGUCUGCUCAAUGCGGUUCUUCCAGUACUAUUUGGACACCCUGAUUAGAGAUAGUCCAAGUAUGCUGCUGGAAAUGACGACCGCGGGACUACUGGGUACACAAGCAGAUAUGGUACCACUUGGGCCUCUGACCAGAUUCCUUCGACAGCAGCAACCUCAGAUUCACAUUACGGUCUGCUGGUUCUUAUCUCUUUGCUACGCCGACUACGUCAGAAAAAAUUACUGUCAACGAUUCAAUAUGCCUUAUUUGGAGCAGUGGCAAGCGCAACUGCACGAGCGCGCAUCACGGGGAGUCAAGCGUACCAUAGAGAAGGUCAACAGUUUCGUCGGCAGCGUCCAUCAACGGCUGCGUGGAUUCGCGCCCGCUACACCCAGUCAAACGACUGAAGUCCAUACUGAGAGCGCGGUACCAAAGGCGACCUGCGGUGCCAACAGCAAAGUUUGGAUGGGCGGCACUCGGGCGAGUUUAUCGGAAUGUGGAAUGUCCAGUGGUAGCCUUACGGUCGGCAAAGAACUAUGCGUCCGCCUCGUCAGCCAGUCAAGCGAAACAACAGCUGAUGCGAUUGAAAAACUCCGUACCUAUAUCACUACAACUAGAUGUUCGUGCAGCGGUCCACAGAAGUCGUGCCUCAGCGGGCCUUGCAAUUCCGCUUUUGAAGAAAAAAAGUCCAAAAGAUUGCCCUUGGAGACUAGUGGCCCGUCUGAGUCCCCAUAACGAGCACACAUCGAGUUGAAUCCAAAUAUAGACGUCCUUUUCACGUGUCCCUUCAUUAUACUGUUGUGU